UGUUUAAACAAACAUACUUUCUCUAUAAUAGUGUCUCAUUAAAAAUGCGACUAUAAAUACAUGUGCUUAAAUAAUCUUAUUCCGAAAACGCACGAGAAGCCGAGUCUAUUUUAACGGAUUGGCGAUGUUCGGAAUGUCCGGCGUCUCUGCGACAAGUCUGGAGCACUUUAGUCUGGGAAAACUAUAAUAACUAUAGUAAAGUACAUAGUCUAUGUUUUUGCCUUCCUCUCGAUCAGACAGAAUAGAUUCUGAUUUUACAAUAUCGCUGCGAUCGUAACGUAUCACAUUUGUCGCAACGUCGCACAACGUACAGUUCUUGAUCCUUAACCUUUCUCUCCUCUUUUUUAUCUCUUUCACUCAUUCUUUCUCUUUCUUCUAACCUGGGUCACUUGGAUCCACGUGUGCUGUCGAACGCUGCUGAACGCGAUGCCAAAUACACGAUCAUUAGUAGUGCCGGUUUUGGCUGCAGCAGGAACAAUAAUUGUAGUAGGAAUAGCAUAUAAAAUAUUUAAAUCUUGGAGUGAGAAAAAGAAAACUUCUCCAGUACUCUUGGCCAAUCCAGUAGUUAAAUAUAGCCUGCCUUUAAUUCAAAAAGAUAUAAUAAGUCAUGAUACAAGAAGAUUUAGGUUUGGAUUACCAACGCCAAACCAUGUUCUUGGUCUACCUAUUGGUCAGCAUGUACAUUUAACAGUAAAAAUUGGAGAAGAAGUUGUAAUACGUUCAUACACACCUGUUUCAAGUGAUGACGAUCAUGGCUAUGUAGAUCUUGUCAUAAAAGUAUAUUUUAAAAAUGUACAUCCAAAAUUCCCCGAAGGUGGAAAAAUGUCUCAAUAUUUGGAAAACAUGAAAAUAGGAGAUACCAUUGAUUUCAGAGGCCCCUCUGGUAGAUUGAUUUAUAAAGGAAAUGGUAAGAUCUUAAUAAAACUUCUUAGGAAAGAACCACCUGUGGAGUAUAAUGUUACAAAGAUUGUUAUGCUUGCUGGUGGCACGGGUAUCACUCCGAUGUUGCAGUUAAUUCGCGCGAUAAUAAAAGAUCCUACAGACGAAACUGAGACUUCUUUAUUGUUUGCCAAUCAGACGGAAAAAGACAUUUUGCUUAGAGAUGAAUUGGAUGAAAUUGCCAAGGAGCAUCCGAAUAAAUUAAAACUUUGGUAUACACUAGAUACGAGUAAUGAGAAAUGGCCUUAUAGCACGGGAUAUAUCAGCGCUGAUAUGAUAAAAAAACACAUGUUUCCACCAUCAUCAGAUACUAUCGUAUUGAUGUGUGGUCCUCCUCCAAUGAUCAAUUUUGCUUGUACUCCAAACCUAGAUAAACUUGGCUAUGAUACUAAAUUACGAUUCGCGUAUUAAUUGUAAUUUGUAUCAUUAAAAUCAUAAAUAAUUAUACGUCUACUAAUUGAAUCUUUUCUUUUUUUUAAUGUUUCUCCUGCGCACGCUUCUGGUAUGUUUUUUUUUAGAUGUGUGUGUAGAUAUAUAGAGUGAAACAAUAACUUUGUUCAUCCGGAAUAUCUCUGUUAUUCUUAGAGAUAUGAAAAUAGUGUAAUAUCAAAAAUUGUGUGGUAUCAAAAGGCCGUAAUAUAUUAAUAAUCAUUUUUCUGUGAGUAGAUGCUCUUCGGAGAUUUCACUUUCAAUUUUUUAAAUGGUGUGCUAUAUUUUUUUAUUUCUAAUGCAAUAGUAUGUUUCGAGGAUUUUAAUGAUCUACAAUACAUGUGUAUGUAUUGUAUAUGUAAAGGAUAUGUUUCAUUUAGCCAAUUUUCUCAAAAGUUAUUGAGAAAAGGAUGAUAUAAAAAACUGAUUUAAAUAAAAAUGAAACGGUUUCGGAGAGUACGUAUCUUGGUAACGUUGUUUUUCUUCCUAAGUGAAGACAAAAAAAAUAUACAAAAGUCACCUUUUGGGGAGCGCGCCAUCAGCGCUGUUGCAUCAUUCUAUCUUCAUUAUUCAUUAGAUGUAAAAACGAAGAUAGAAUGACGCAACAGCGCUGAUAACGUGUUCCCCAAACGCAGUCUAAGGAAAUAGAAAAAGCAAAAAAAAGAAAAUAAAAUGGUUAUAAUUGGUCGCGCUGGUUCUGUGCAUUCCGUUUCGCUAUAGAUUUCCGCUCAAUUAGACGCCGUUCUAAGACAGCCCGAUGCAUACUUAUAUUCACGGAUUUUUAUUAAGAUCUCGGUAAUUAUUGCGAAUCUCGCAAAAUGGUAUAGGAUUUUUCGACUCAGUUUUACUCCUACUUGUCUAUAAGAGAUUGUACAUCAAUUGUCGGACACCCUGUAUAUGUAUAUAAUUUAUAUACAUGAUAUGAAUAAUUGUAUUACAUAUAUUUUUUAAUAUUUUUUAAUUGUAUUACAUAUAUUUUUGUUCAUUAGGAUUUAAAAUUUUUACAAGACAGAAAGCGAUAUUAAAACAUACUAUUUAGUUUACAUUAACGCUUUGUAUAAAAAAUAGGAAGAAGAAGAAAUAUAAAUAGAUAAAAACAUGACACAACAUGACUACAGUAUAUUUUGCUUUUUAUGUAUGACAAUUAGUACAUCAAUCUUUCAUCGAUUACAGCAUUGUCAAAAAAACAAAAUAUUGAAAUAUUUUCUUACUUUUAAUUUAAUAAUUAACUCUAAUUUGAAGAAGAGUCGUUUAUAUGUUGUAUAUAAAAGAUUUGUAAGAAAUUGCAAAGUAGAGAUAAAGCUUUUUAUUAAAAAAAAAAAAAAA